AUGAUCCUCUUGACAGCAGAUCAACCACGAGCUCUUCGGCUUAGCAAUUAUCAAUUGCACUUGAUACGCAAACCAUUGUUGCAUUUUGGAUUUUUGGUACAUGGCAUCGAAGUCCAUACUUCGAAUAUCUCACUCUUGGAUGUGAUUAAGAAUUUGGCUCAUUUACAACUUCCUCGUCUAAAGUCACUUUCCAUUGCCAUUGGCUUGUCAAGUUUAUCUCACUCUCUGGCAACGCCUUCCUUAAGUUACUUGGGGAGAACGGUGACACGCUUGGAAAUCAAAGGGAAUACAUUUUCAGAGGCCCUUGUCACCAUUCUCAUUUCUUGUCCGCACCUCACCCACCUCUGCUAUCGAGAUAACUGGAUGCGGCGUUCUGCAACAACCACCGCCCUCGAUGAAUCUGUCACAUUUCCCAAGCUGCGAUUUCUUGCUAUAGAGAGCCCGAAUAGCGAUUGUACUCUUGUCGUAAGCCGAUCACCUCAUCUACGAUAUCUGCAAUAUCGAAACACCGCCAAAGUAUCCAUUUCUCUCGCGUCGAUUUUGGAAGCGUGUCCUACGUUGGAGUGCAUAAAGUAUUCGAAUCAAGAUACACCGUUGCUGUCUACGCAAGAUCCAUUAUGGUGGCACGAUGAGCAAAUGAAAUCGGAUCAAGUUACAGGGCUACACAAGCUCCAAGUAGCAAUCACGCAAACGCCCUUGUUACACGAUUAUUGGAUGGCCGUGGAUCAGCAUUACAAGACGCUUCGUUGCUUGCAUAUGCGUCUGUCGAGAGAGUGUGUUUUCAAUGACACCAUUUCAUUCCCUACCAUGGCAUCAUGGCGGAUACCAGAACAGCUACAAGAAGUUACUUACCAUUAUACAAAGACUGGAAUCCCACAAGAACACUCUGAGUUCGCAAAGCGGUUUUUGUUGCCUAUACUCAAAGGAUGCCAUCAACUGACUCAUGUCAGUAUAUCCCUUAUCAAUCAGCCGUUACCAUCGGAUGCAUGGAGCUUGCUUGUAGACCUUCAGCAUUUAACGCAUCUAUGCAUCAAGAGUCAACACGAUAGCAACAAGGAAAUAGUGACUUUAUUGAGGGAGAUCAGCACACGAUGCAUUCCACUACAAGAGUUUGCAUAUCAAGGAAACUGGUUCAACUAUGCAAGGGCUACGGAAUCGCCACUACCACCCACCAUUUUUGGUAUACUGACCACGAUCCCCACGCUACGUCACAUCACCAUCAAUGCCGAGUGCGAAGGCGAUAUUGAUAAGAUCAUCAUGUCUCGGUGUUUCAAGCAUUUGAAGCGAUUACCAAACUUGGCAUCAUUGUCAUUUGAAUGCUUGUGGGGCUUUACAAGCGAACAAGUAUUUCGAUCACUAAGAAAUCUACCAAAGCUUCACGAGGUGUCAUUUUACAAUUGCGGCUUUCUUAUAGAGAAGGGAAUGCUUUUGCUUAUUGACCGACAACCUAAAUUAAACAAGCUAUCUGUAGAGCGGUGUACCAUUGACCAGGCUGCUCUUGUCGUUUCUUGGGAAAAGUAUGCUCGAUCCAUCAUACCCCAUGUAGUUACUUGUAGCAAUAACAUCCAAGGAUGA